GUUACUACGACUUAGGUAAUCCACCUACCUACCUACCUACAUAGCCAUCCAAACGAUCCAUCCAAUGUAAUGGCACCACCACCCAGCGUCGCCAACCCCGAAACCUCCUACAGCAAUGACGACUACGACUACGAAGCAGCGCUAGCCAAGCUGCAGCCGCUGCGGCCGGUCCUCGGGGGCUUCAACCACCGCAACCGGAACCAGCACCGGCGCGCGGCGUGGUGGGGCGCGUUCGGCAUGCUGCGGCGGCACGUGGAGGUGCUUGUUGACGAGCUGGCGGUCGCGUCGGCGCUGGUUAGGAAGAAGGCUGUGGCUGCUGGGGGGAAGAAGCGGAAGCGUGAUGGAGGUGGUGGUGGUGGUGGUGGUGGUGGAAACAAGGACGGCGCCGAGGAGAAGCAGGUCCGGGGUCACGUGAGGUGGUUGCGGGAUGUGCUUGUUCCGAAGUGUUACCUGUAUGUAUGUCUCUACAUUGUCUAUAUCUCGUUUUCUACGAUCUCUCUCUCUUUUGGCUAUGUCUUCUUCUGUCUCCUUUUUUUUAAUCAUCCUAUCUCAUCUACCUACCUACCACCCCCUCCCCUUCUCCUACCCCCCCCUCUCAACCCAACCCUCGUCAAAACGAUGAACGAACGAACGAACCACCACGAAACAAAAUGAAUAAAUCGAACCCAACCGCUAACAAACACCCCUCCCGGCAACAGUGCCUUCUCGCAACUAACCGCAGACAACCAAUUCGCGGCCCUGGGCCUCGUGCUCCUCGGCGCACUAGCACUGGUAAACACAAGCUGUGAACAGCUAAUAGGCCCCAACACCACCACCGCCUCCCUUCCAUCAGACAGCAGCCUAAAAGCAGAUGCCGCUCUCCCCUCCACAGAGCACAGCAACACCACCACCACCACCACCAAACAACCACCCGCAGCCCAAAACCCCAACCCCAACCCCGCCCUCGACACAUCCGGUCAAAGGAGUGGUAUAAGUAAUAACCACAACAACCACAACAGCAGCAGCAGCAGCAGCAGCAGCAGAGGCGGCGCCCCGAUCUCCCGAGCCGAGGUAGCCAAGCUCCUCCUCCAGCCCUCCCCUUCCC